UGCAAGUAUAUCAUAGAGCCAUAAAAUAGAAUUCUUUCUAAGCAGACAUUUACUGCUCUUGUUGUAUGAGAUUUAUUGUCCCCAUUGACACGUUCUUCAAAAGAGAUUGAUCUUUCUAAUAUUGCACACUUUCUUAAAGCUGAAUUCACAUUCAAUCAUAUUCAUUGUCCUUUUUGAUUCUCAUCUCUCUCUCUCUCUGAAGGGAAAUACUGUACGAUCCAGUAUUUGAACAAUGUGAAUGAGGAGUGUCUACCUGGGCAUUACCGCAAAAUAGGAUCAGUUUCACCUCAGCUGCACACCUGCCCAGCUGGAAGUUAUUGCCCAUCUGGUGCAACAAAGCCAACUAAGUGCCCUUCAGGAACAUUUAGCAACAGUAGUAGACUCUCCGCCAGGUCACAAUGCACGAACUGUACACCAGGAUUCUUCUGCAGGGAUCAAGGUCUAACUGCGGAGCAGGGAGUGUGCAGCGCCGGGUACUACUGUCCCAGAGGAUCUGUUUCAUCAAGACCAUUCAUUUGCCCACCUGGCUUCCAGUGUCCCCCUGGUUCUGCCUUCCCUCAAUCCUGCCCUGCCGGUCAUUUCACCAGUCGCAUGGGGGAAGCCAGCUGUGAAGUAUGCCCAGCUGGCUUUUACUGCCUGCCAGUAACCUUUUCUCCAAGGACCAGGCAGAAUUACUACAGGAAGUGUCCUGCAGGGUAUUACUGCCCACCUGGAACAGGCAGAGACUGGCUUCCGUGUCCUGCUGGUACCUACAGCAGCCAUAGAGGCCUUUCCAAGGUGGAGCAAUGUAACAUCUGCCCAGCUGGGUUCUACUGUGACUCAGAAGGUGGGACCAGCACCACAGGACCAUGUGCCCCUGGAUAUUAUUGCCAGAGAGGGGUCAAUGUACCUCAACCUACCAUCUCCUCCAGGAAUGUCACUGAUGAAUCCACAUUCAGUGGCCAUACAGGCUCUGGAGGGAUAUGUCCCAAAGGGCAUUUUUGUCCCUUGGGGAGCAGCACACCACUGCCCUGUCCAGCUGGCAAGUACCAAGAUGCAACAGGGCAGAGUUCCUGUAAGAGCUGUCCAUCAGGUUAUUACUGCAGUAUAGACUUGCCUCAUUUACCCUGCCCUGCUGGUUAUUACUGCCCAGAGGGCUCUUGGAUUCCAGUUGAAUGUCCACCUGGCCAUUACUGUCCUCAGGAUAUUGUUGUCAGCCGUGAAGGUUCCAGAUGGGUCAUUGGUGCUAUGAAGCCGGUGAAAUGCCCUCUGGGUUACCGGGAAUACAAUGGAUCCAGUAGGAACACCUUCAACAACACUUGUGAGCCUUGCCCAGCUGGUUACUAUGGGAACCACAGUGAUCGUCAGGACUGUGUGGAGUGCCAAGAAGGUGUGGUCUGCCUUCAAGGAGCUAUCACCACUGACCCACCAUCAACUAUGACACCAUAUGAGAUUACAGCAGUCAGAUCUUACAUAUGUCCAAAAGGUCACCACUGUCCUAAAGGGAGCACUGAGCCAAUUCCUUGUCCCGUGGGCACUUACAAUCCCGGCGAGCGAGCAGGCAAUGUGGAGAGCUGUCUGAGAUGUCCCAUCAACUACUUCAGCCAUUUAACAGGGCAAGCUGCAUGCUUUACCUGUGGUUCACAGGCCAUACAACCUGAAGAAGGUUGUGACCAUUGUAUCUGCCUUCAGUCUGAUCAGAUAUUCCAGCCCAGUGACUCACAAUGUGUGUGUGCUGCAAGACAUCAGAUGGUAUCUGUAAGAACAAGAGAGUGUAUCAGAAAGCUGUAUGAUAUUUGUCGAGAGGGAGCCAGCAGAAACCAGGAUGGGGCUUGUCUCACGAUGAAGGAGUGGAAGGAAUAUUGUUCACUAAAGGUUUGUACUUCUCCUGCAGAUUACCAGGGCUUUGAUGGAGAUUUGGGCCUUUGCCGCUGCCGGGUUGCAGCCUUGAAUUCCGUGUGCGAUGAGCAAUGCAGACGGUUCCAACACAGAACACUGCAGGCAGUCUGCAACAGAGUGCCUGGGCUUCGCAUUACCUACAGAAAUGAUUUGAAGGUUGACAUACCUUUGAACCAUGUUCGUAGGAUCCUGAACAUCAGAAAUGUCCUGGAGCAGAGCCAGUGCCAACCGCAUCAUAACGUCAUUCAGCCUGUGUACCUAGUUGAGAUGUCUGAGAAAGGUUUCCUGGGUGUAUAUGACCCAGAUCCCAUAAAAUUAAGGAGCUUGCUGGAAAUCAAUUUGGCUCAACAUCCAUCAUUAGACUUGAAGAUGUCUCCAGAAAAUGCAACAAGCCAUGUGACAUCUCCCAGCCCCAAGGAGCCUGAGACUCGUGAGUCAGGUGUUCACCAACUUUUUGUUAACGGCACAUUGUUUUCUGGCAUCUUCAACCCCACCACCUGCUUCUACAUUGGCAGCAUUGUCCUGUUCACGGUGAUCAGUGAGUAUUACCCUGUCUAUGACAGUGUAAAUCUCUAUAACACUGACAGCCACUUUGACUGGGGAGCAUUCCGUGACCUUGUGGAGGAGAUGGAACUUGCUUCAAGCUCAUCCUGGCUCUUUACUUAUCGCUUCAACCAACCUGGUGUUCAUGUCUUCCAACUGAGCAGCAACCCUAACAAGAAAAUGUAUGUCCGAGUGAUGCCUGUUGGUGGCCAGUGCUAUGAAGAAGGACCCUUCUUCCCCACCACCCCCAGCAGCUUUAUCCGCAUGGGCAUCCGCAGGGCCCAAGACCUGCACUUCAAUACUGAUUGGCUCAUUAUUUCUAGUUUACUGGCGGCAGUGAUGGCGACAGUCGGUAUCUGUGCAGGAUUGAUGCUUCUCUUCAGGAAGAGCAGUUGGCCCAAGAAAGUGGUAGUUACUCCGAGGUACCAGCACCUCCAGAAGGCAUAUAACUUUGAUGAUUAUUCCUCAAAAGAGGUUGCCAUCAUUGCUGUGAAAAAAAUUCACCAGAGUCUGCAGUUUGCAGAACAAACUGAGGAAAAGGAUGAGAAUGGAGGCAGAAAGGAAGAUUCUGUCUCAAAAAACAGAGAAUUUGGGAAUUAUGAACAGAUUGAUUUGGAAUUGUUUAAUACCAACACGUUCUAUCAAAUUCUACUGAAGCAAUCGUUGGCAGUGUCAGCCAGAUUAAGCCAACACAAGAAGGAGGUAAAGAUGUUGUAUCAAAAAAUAACUGAAGUGACUGAGUCACUCAGGAAAUGCUGGAUGGAAAGAACGAACUUCGCUGGAAAGCAUGUAAUUAAGAAGACUGACCUGGAAGUGUAUAAGAAGAUGUGUUACAAGGUAAGGCUGGAGAUUAAGAGGCGGAAGGACAUUGGGCUGGAGCUUGAAGAGAUCCUGGGCAAGCAGCAACAACUAUUCCAGGCAGACUGGAACCAUCGAGAGGAACAUCACAUCGCCUUCAGUGUAACCCUGAGAGAAGCGGUCAGAUUAUUAGAAGAACCUCUGGACCAUGAGGAGAACUCAACAGUGGAAACCAGCCGGGUCAAUCAGCGAGAUUCAGAACAGGUUGAAGCAUUGUUAUUACAAAUGUCGGAUGCCAUUGCAAAGGAGUGUGAGCGACUGAGUCUCUGGUCUGUGCUGGGGAAAGGAAUGGGAGCCCAACUUGUAGAAAAGGAGACUUUGAAAGUUCUCUCCAAAGAGGAAUUAAUUGGAGCUGAUAGAGACCAUGGACUCCUCCAGGUGGAUCAGCUGACGGGGCUGCUCACUCCAAGUUCUGGCGUUCUUAUGCUUUUAGACAAUAAAUACAUCAUGCCUGUGCCCGACAGCUUCUUCCUUCACCCUCAGACUGGACGAGUGCUCCCCAUGGCUGGCAACGUGUGUUAUGACACUCUGAGGUCCUGUCUUCUUCCUGUCACAGACUUGGCAACAGGUGUGGUUUACCAGAGUGAGGAGAAUUUGAUUCCAUAUGUACCGUACCCACUGUAUCCAGAGGCCAGUCUCCCACAUAAGCUACAACUGGGUAGCCUUCCCCAUCAGAGUGAUGUGAAAUUGGGAGGACUAAUGCCAGAUCCAGAGACGGGAAUUAAAGUGCCUGUCAUAGCCAUGACUAUUCACCUGCAGACUGGCCUGAUCCGUCCUCUAGGGGGAACCUAUAUCAGCCCGAUCACAAGAAUGCUGGCACCAAUUGAACUGGGUGCUCCGAUGGUCUGCGAGAAGACUGGUCAGAUGGUACCCAUCAUAGGGGUUGGUCUGAACACCACGACAGGUGCAGUGAUACCUCUGGGAGGUGUGCUGAAGUCUUCCAAUAAACCCAUGUUUCUCGGGGACAGCUUUACAGAGCCUCUCAGUGGAAGAUCUGCUCGAAUUUCAGGUGCUUAUGUUCAAGACACUGAAGUGGUGCCUCACACAGGUGGCUACCAGGCAUUGCUCGAUGGUACAGUGCUGGUGAAUGAAGUCCGGAUCCUGGAGGCAUUGAAGGGCUGUAAAGACUCAGGAGUGUCCUCCCCACACCAGAAACAGCGAGGCACACUGAGGGAAGCACUAGAUGACCUAGUGAGGGCACGCAGAAGAUCCUGGGCACACAUUAUUCACACCAUGCACAACUUGGAGAGACAGAGGAAGGAAGCAAAAGAUCUUGCAAACAGAGGUGGUAAUGUUGGAAUGAUACCAUUUGCCACCACAGAUUUGUUGUUUCCUGCUGUUGUCGGGAUGUAUAUUCCUGAUCCUGGAGGCUCUGGACUAGAAGUGCCAAUUUUAGGGGUGGAAUAUGACUCAGACACUGGCCGGCUAAUCCCACUUGCUGGGACCAUGGAGGAUGCUGAUGGAAGAGGGAUGAUACCAAUUGCUCUUGGUGCCAGAAGCAUUGACCCCAUCACCGGAGAAACUGGCCCGGUUGUAGGAGCCCGUUUAGAUGCACAGACAAAGAUUGUGCUGCCAGUUAUACAGGCGUCAAGAGGCAUCAUGAGGCAAAAGCUGGAUGGAGAAAUGGUCAAAACCCUGGAUGAAGAACUCCACUGUAGGCGCGAACACUGGCAUCAUCAGCAACAGAAUGAAGAAGCCCUUUUCAUUGCUUUGAAAGAUUUACUGCAGGAGGUCACUGACACCAAAACUGAUUGCAGAUUUACAAAGGUUGAGGAUAAGGUGAGAGCUGUUGGUGAAAACAUCAUCCUCUUACAAGACUGUGCCCAGAGUGAAGCACAGCGCAGGCACAUGGAGGAUCCUAACUUAGCAUCCUUGAUGCCAACUGACGUCAUUGUUUUGUUGUCACGAGUGGACAAGGAGGAAGCGGAGCAGCAAAUGUUAUUAUUAGCUGCUGCUCAGACAAUACUUGAAAAGCUGACCCAGUUUGCCAAAAAAAUGAGUCAAGAUGAGGCUCGCCAGAGGGGUCAACUGCAGCAACCAUGGGAGGCUGCCUUUCAACAGGCAGAGGAAGCUUCUCCAAUAGGGCACCCUCAGUUGAAAACCCUUCUAACUCAAGAGUUUCAGGAAAACAUAAUGAGCCAAUGGACUGACCUUGACAUGGUCUACAUCAGACUGGAGCAUUUGCGAGAGCUAGCAGAACAGUGUGCACUGGAAGCCAAGGUUGUCCUAUCAGGAGAUGUCUAUUGUUUUGGUGACUGUCAGCUGACCAGGAGCAAAAAUGCUGGUGUUUUCCAUGGGCCAUCAGAUUCCAUCAACCGGAAAAUGCUCCCUCUUAUCAAACAACUAAUAAAUCUUUUGGAUACUGACAGGAACAUUAUCCUUUCCCGAGACACUCUGAACCUUGUAUCAAACCAAGGUCCUACAGCCAGCAGUAGGCCACAAGGAGGUUGGCUGCCAUACCCAGAGCCUCCUGGAAUUCCCGAGAGAUCCCUCACCAUGGCUCCUGACACAUCAGUUUCUGGAUCGUCACCGCCAAGUAAUAACAUGUAUGCAGAGAGGCAAGCGUUAAUUAGAUUCCACAUUGAGAAGCAGGCGUCCGAAGCAGCACACCUGGAGAUCGCCUUGAUGUCGGAUGAAGUGAAGCAGAUAUGGAAACUGCUGGAAGAGGAGCAACAGAAGGGAGAGGAUAGUGAGAGACUGGACCAGAUGGAGAAACUGCUGAGCAAUUUGUUGGAACAACAUAGAAAAUCAGUCCUGGCUCUGUAUGGUCAACACACAGUGGAGCUAAUGGAAGUGGGGUUUGACCCAAACCUAGCGAUGCCCCAGAACAUGCUUGGAAUGGAGAAUGAUAUAAUGAGUGGUUUACAGCUGCUGGUCACUGAUUUCCAAAAUUUCCAUGCAAGGAGCAAGAACAAACAGGAUGUCCCCCUGCAGUCUAAGACAAGUGAACGUAACAUGGAAGCCCCUGUUGCACAGUGUCUGGACACAGAGGGCAGUCUUACCUAUCACUCGCUUGAGACUCUGCAAAGUUGGGAAUUGUCACUGGAAGCCUUAAAAUUAGUGACGCUGGAAGUUAGGAAACUGAGCCGAGUGUACAAGACAAUAGAUAUGUACAGUAAGUUACAGGUGCAGAACUCAGAUCAAGCUGUUUCCCAACUUCUCAACAAACAAGAUUGGCCACUGGGCGAGCAAACGGCUUUGAGAGUUGGGAGGUAUCUAGAGGAGGACCACAUAAGAAGACUCUCUGAUCUCCUGAGGCUGCAGAGGGAAGAGAGAAAGCGAUGGAUAAAGGCAGAUGGAAAGCCAAGUGAAGGAAAUGAAGGUUUAUGUUUGACUGAAAAAUUAGUUGGAGAGGACUCAAUACCGCAUUCGAGUAAACACAGUGCAGACCUUCAGAGAGAGCUUGCCCUGCAAAUCAAGGAACGCGAGAACCUCGUAGAGGAACAGUUGCAGUUGCAGGAGGAACAAACAAUCAUGGAAGUAAAGGCAGAAAAUGGGAAUAGUGACAUUGCAACUGUGGUUUACGAUAUCCAAUUGUUACGUCACCUGCGGCAGUACGUUCUUCUGGAGCAAAGACUCAAACAGCAGCAGCAGGAAUUCAGGGAAGCGCCACACGACUGUGUAAAGCAGUUGUUGACAGAGGACAAUGACGGUGACAUGAAAUGUUUGUACAACCAAGCCAAGGGCCAGAACCAAGCUCUUAUGGGCCUGAAAUCUGCUGCUGCCCUACUGGAGCUAAGAGAAAAAAACCUUCAAGAGUUAGCCGAUAGCUUGAAGUCUUUCACCUCGGACAAGUGUGUGGAAGUAGCUGAAUGUAUGGCUGCUGAGCUAAAAGGCUUUAGACAGGGAAUUGUGAAGACUCUACAGGUACAGCUUCUAAAUAUAAAUGGAACGAGACGUCUGGAGCAAGAAACAAGGAAAAUGGCCUUAAUAAACGAGAUUAAGGAACGUGAGGCCAAUUUAGCAGAAGAAGAGAAGCUGGAGGGAGAGGUGGUCGCACAAGACCUGCUGAAGAAGAAAAGACAGCAGAGCCUGUGGAUGACGCAGGAAGAAACCAAAUUACAAGACCAACUGGAACGAGGAGAACUGACACACGAGCAUAGAGAGAACCUUAAUAAAGAGCACAGCAUAAGACUGUGGCUGCAGGAGAGGAGCCUUCAGCAAGAGAUUGAGCAGAUUGAGAAGGAUCAGGAGGUGAAGUGGAAAAGGAAAAAAGAUGAUGGCCAACAAAGAAUUGCAGAAAGGAAAGCGCAAGAAGAGCAGAAAGCAGAGGCAAGCCAUUCUCAGCAAGUCCGACAGCUUCUAAACAAAGCCACCAAAGCCUUUGUACAAAUGGCAAGUUUUACUGCACGGAAUUUUCCUGUACUCCACCUAAAACCCAGACCCAUCUUGGAGAAGAACUUUGCCAAGCUGCUUCUCCAAGUUCCACUCUUCAAGCUCCUUGGAGAAAUAAACAAACAUCUGAAAGCAAACCAAGAAGCUAAAGUGGACGACCAGGGAACAAAUCAAUCCAAAGUCAAGUACGAAGAAAAAGGCAGACCAUACAUAGAUGCUGUGGAUGCAGAAUUCACAUGUGAAGGAAACCUGGUACCACUAACUCCUGAGAAGAUUUCUGUGACUGAGCUGGCUGUUUAUCGGUUUGGGAUCUACAUAGUGCAGCGUGUGAAGAGAGUGAUAAAUGCCCCAGAGAUAAAGCUGCUUCUUGCCUCCAGUUUGCCGCAGAAUAAUUACACACACAAUGCCUUCCGUAAUUCCUUUUUCUAUCAGCAUUCUCAGAAUACACUGUUUAUUCGACGACAGCGAUUGGCAUCUGUGGGUGACUUCUCCCUCCUCCUGGUGCACUGUUUGGCUCACCUUGCCGCGGGUGAGCUGAGUGACGACUCUGACACUCUCUUCCUCAAGUUUUUUCACCAGGCUCUGAAGUUUAUCUUCAAGGAAACAUUCUUCACACGACUCAAUGUUUCUCCUACGUUAUGUGCACGUGAGCCAACGGGUUCCCCUUGGCACAAUCUAUUCCAAACAAAAGACUGCCUGGGCGUUCAUACGGAUGCAAUUUCUGAUUUACUGAACAUCAAGCUGGAAGACCCAAAAUUUCUCGCAGAUUUUGAAGAGGAAGAUAGAGAAAUCAAAAUGGACAACAGAGCUUCAACCCAAUCAAAAGACCAGCAAAGUGAAAUGAUGAAUGGAUAUCAGAGUCAAAUGGAGAGAAACAAUGAUUGCAGAGCUUGCUUUGAAUCGAGAUCUGAAUUGGAUUUGCGUGAUGUGCAGGAGAAGAUAGAUGAUUUAACUAUGGAGCUCGCAGUAUUCCUUGACCUGGAACAGAAGGGGCAGGACAGAGCAAUCUCUCAAAGAAAAGCAUUCCUGUUUAAAGAAAUUGAAGAACUGGAAGCAGAAUUAGAUAGAAAGGAAAACUGAGCUCUUCCUUCAUGUACAGUAUAAGCAGUGUCAUUACUCAGAGUAGGAAUAUAUACAUUAAAAUAAAGGAAAAUUCAGGGCCGUGGUCAAAGUCAAAUUUAUUAUCAAAGUACAUUUAUGUCACCAUAUACUACCUUGAGAUUUUCUUGAUGGCACUUAAAGGAAAAGUGAAAAGCUGUACAUAUAUAGAGACUGACAAACAAUGUGGAAAAGAAGACAAAUUCUGUAAAAUAUACUGUGUAACGUGUGUGUGUGUGUGUGUGUGUGUGUGUGUGUGUGUGUGUGAAAAAAAAGAGAGGAGAAAAAGAGAACACGGUUGCAGAGUCCCAAUAUGUUGUGGAAUCAGCUCACUGUUGUCAUGAGCGAAGUUGUCCACACUGGUUCAGGAGCCUGGUGACUGAAUGGUAAUAACGGUUCCUAAACAUAGUGGUGUGGGACCUCAGGCUUCUGUACCCACUUCCCGAUAUCUAUAGUGAGAAGACUCCUGAACCAGUGUGGACAGCUUCACUAAUUAUUAUUAUUUGUUUUUGUUGUAUUUGCACAGUGUGUCUCCUUUUGCACAUUGGUUUUUGUCUGUGUCAGUGUUUCAUUAAUUCCAUUGUAUUUCUCUGUUCUACUGUGAAUGCCUGCAAGAAAACAAAUCUCAGGAUAGUAUUCGGUGACAUAUUCGUACUUUGCUAAUUGAUUUACUUUUGAACUUUGAAUGUUGAUGUGAGCAUGUCCUUGAUGGUGGAAGAGUAGGAAGUAGGUCUUAUUACUCUUUCACUGUCAUGAUAUGAUGAAAUCAUUUAUCUGAGAGAAACUUUGCCACUAAUCGCACACAGUCAUUGGCUCAACUCUUCUACUCUUUCUUUCCACAGAUUUCACUCUCAAGGAUUGGUUCUCAAUUAUACCAAUCAUUGAUCUGCAAAGGUUCAAAACCUUUUGUCUAACCACCCCAACCCUCCAAUCACCACCACUCUCCGCUCUAAUUACAAAUGCUAUAUGAAAACUAUUAAUUUUUUAUAGUGACACACACAGGCAGCAUCUAUGGAGGGGAAUAAACACUCACAGCUUCGGCUCAGGACUCUUCAUCAUGACCAGAAAGGAAUGGGUAAGAGUCAGAAUAAGAAGGUAGGGGUGGGGAAAGUUAGCAGGUGAUAGGUGAAACCAGUUGGGUGGGGGAAGAGGGGAUGGAGAGAGAAUCUGGGAGGGAUAGGUGGGAAAGGUUAAGGGCUGGAGAAGAAGGCAUCUGAUAGGAGAGGAAAGUGGACCAUGGAGAAAGGGAAGGAGGAGGGACACCAAAAGGAGGUAAUAGGCAGGUGAGAAGAAGAGGUAAGAGGGGAGUCACAGCAGGGAAUGGAGAAAGAGGUAAGGGGUGGGGGGAGACAUUACUGGAUGUUAGGUAGUGUAGCGAUUAGCGCAACCCUAUUAAAGCUUGGGGAGUUGGAGUUCGGAGUUCAAUAUCCAGCGUCCUCUGUAGGAAAGUUUGCAUGUUCUUCCUGUGUGAGUUAAACUCCACAUGCUCCGGUUUCCUCCCACAGUCCAAAGACAUACUGGUUAUUAGGUUAAUUGGUCAUUGUAAAUUGCCCUGUGAUUAGGGCUAGGGUUAAAUAGGUGGGCCACUGGGCGGUGUAGCUCAUUGGGCCAGAAGGGUCUGUUCCGUGCUGCAUCCUAAAAUAAAAAUUCACUUAAUUUGUGAUUAUUGACAUGCUGCAAGAAGUGACAGUUUACUCGGGUUGUUGUAGCUUAUUUAAUAACUUAAUUGUUAAUUCAUCAAUACUGAAUGUAUAUCGCCACAAGGAGGCUCUAAUCAUGCAUUGAUGUUUCAAAUUCUCAAAUGCAGAAACUAAUGAAAAAUAAAAUCAACUUUGAAG